GUAAUGUGUACUUGUAAUCAUUUCAUGCCAUUAUGGCGGCGUACACUGCCUAUGAUGGUUGUAUCUAAGGAAGACGAAAUGAGUUUCUUACUGUAGUAUGAUGAAUGCAUCGUAACGUGAAUAUAACAAUGGAAGAAACGGGUGAAGAUCUGAGGGAUAAUGAGCGCUAUACAGAAAAUGUUGCGAAGACUCAAAAAUCCAAAAAAUCAGGAUCUGGAGAGGAAAGUGUAGCCACUAUUGAUUGUACACCAUUGUGUCGACGACUGGGGCUCAAUCGACCUGGAUUUCGACAUAUUUGGUUUGUCAAGGACAUCUGUGGAUUGGUUUGUGCUGUGAUCACUUGGCUGCUACUGCUGUAUGCAGAAUAUGUUGUGAUGUUUGUUAUGCUCCUCCCACAAUUCUUCAGUGUCUACAACCUCAUUAAUGCCUUAGUCUACAACUUCUUUGCAUUCCUUGCAUUAUCAUCUCACCUUCGUACCAUGCUGACUGAUCCGGGUGCUGUGCCAAAGGGCAAUGCUACAAGAGAGAACAUAAUGAAGUUAGGACUGAAGGACGGACAGGUGGUCUUUAAAUGUCCGAAGUGUGUCAGCAUAAAGCCAGAUAGAGCUCAUCAUUGCAGUGUUUGUCAGCGGUGCAUUCGAAAAAUGGACCAUCACUGUCCAUGGGUCAAUAAUUGUGUGGGAGAGAACAAUCAAAAAUAUUUCGUUCUUUUUACUUUGUAUAUAUGUAUUAUAUCAUCUCAUGCCCUGUAUAUGUCUGUCACACACUUCAUCACAUGUAUUGGAAGAGAUUGGAAAACUUGUUCUGGGUUCUCGCCACCAGCUACUACAGUUCUUCUGAUCUUCCUCAUUUUUGAGGGCCUGCUGUUUGGAAUUUUCACAGGCAUUAUGUUUGGUACUCAGAUUAGUGCCGUGUGCUCCGAUGAAACAGGCAUCGAGCAGCUCAAGAAGGAGCACGCACGGUGGGAGAAGAAGUCUCGCUGGGUCAGCAUGAAGGCCGUCUUUGGCCACCCCUUCGACUGGCGCUGGUUCUCGCCCUUUGCAACGCCCAAGUUCGCCUACUCCGAGAACGACCUGCACACCGUCUAGCACCACUGUGACGUCAUUGUGGUACCCGGAGGACGACUGACACUGCCACACACACACUACACUUUUUUAUUUUGCAGUGACAGUUAUGAAAUACACUGUGGAUUUUAUAUAUUUGAAAAACUGUUUUAAAUUCUGCUUGGAGGAACUUGGUGAGUAUGAUUUCGAGAAGGGCAAAACCUCUGUGAGGGAGGGCAUAGAAAAGUCGUUUGUCUCGUAGUCGGUCUUCAGAAAAGGAUUGUACAUUUUUCGUAAUGGAUUUUUUUUUUUUAGGUCAGCACCACACGCGACGACCUGGUUUGUAAAAAAAUGCUCGAGGGCUUAGACGUACUUUUUCUUUUUAAAAAAUUAGAGCUUUAUUUAGAAAGCUUUUUUUACAAGCACGUUAGCCGUGAAUGACAGAAUAUUUUGUGCACUGACGUGGUGUGCCGCAAAACAAUUUGUGCGAAGAGUAGUUUUAUUAAGAUGUGAUUUAUCUCUCCUCCUUCCCACGUGUAGUUGACGUUGCUCAUUAUUUGAAAAUCUUUAUCUUAUAUACGCACUGCUAAGGGUCCGCAAAUGUUAGGGAGACAGGGCAUCUUCACAACGAUUCAAAAUUUCUUCUAAUCCCGCACCGCUCUGUAAGUUACAUCACAUCAUAGUCCUGACAUUUCCACACUUUUAUUUUGGGCUACACUUUGCUUUUACUUUGCACUGGCUACCUUACUGGAGUAUGUCAUAGAGAAAUAUAUAAUUUCAGUUUUCUGUUGCCUUGUGUCAUUUGUGCCUCACUUCUAAGGGAACAUAAAGACAUUAGUCAGGAGUCAUAGAUAGAUGUUUAGGCAGCUUUCUACUUCAGAAUAUUUUAGGUAUCUUCUACUUUUAAUUGUUUUUAACUUAAGUGCUAAUGAAAAAGACGUUUACUGUUCAAUGUAUCUCAGAGAAAUUGUAUUAAAAAAACAAUUGAAAAAAAA